AUGACCAUUAAACCUUCAGCGCGCACGCUCAUGUUCUCCAUUCAGGAUCCCAGGCCGGCUGGUUGGAAGGGCGACAACCCGUUAAUAAUACAAGCAUCUAUCAGAGACGUGACUAUCCACUGGGUCUAUAUCGACACCGGAAGUUCAACAUACAUCAUCUAUGAGCACUGUUUCCGACUCCUCCCUGAUCGCUGGAAAGAUAACUUGCGAUUUACGACUGGUAGGCUAGUGGGAUUCACCGGCCAUAGCAUGUGGUUGCUGGGUACAAUCCACCUUCCCCUGACAAUUACCAGCCAUGACAAACACCGAAAGAAAACUGCCCUGGUAGACUUCGUGGUCAUCCGACACGCAACGGAGCACAACAUCAUCCUAGGAAGAUCAGCCCUCUUGAAGUUAGGAGCAAUACCAUCAACCAUACAUGGAAUUAUGAAAUUUGACACACCGAAAGGCAAAGCCAUGAUACUAGCUACUCCGUCUAAAGAGUUGCAGUGCUAUACAGUUAUGAAGCCAGUAGAAAUAACCAAAGGGUGUAAAAGACCCAGAGGCAAUCUCGUAAAGGAGAAGGAUAUAAUCAAUGAAAACCACCCUGAUCAGCCGAUCAAUGUGGGAUGCGACCUCCCAGAUCACACGAGAAGAGCGCUGGUCGACUUGCUCAAACGCUAUAAGCAUGUGUUCGCAUGGACUCCUACAGACAUGGUGGGAGUAGAAAGGAGGGUCAUGGAACACAAACUAAUGAUCAGACCAGGAGCAAAAGAAGUAAAGCAGAAGAAGAGGGUCCAGGGGGGAGACCGUAACAGGGCGAUUAAUGCAGAAGUGACCAAGCUGACGGAGGAUGGGAUAUUAAGGGAGGCAAUAUUCCCAACAUGGAUCGCGAACCCAGUUAUGGUCCGCAAGCAGGAUGGAUCGUGGCGUAUGUGCAUAGACUUCUCUGACCUAAACAAGGCAUGCCCUAAGGACUGCUAUCCCCUCCCGGAGAUCGAUCAGAAGGUAGAGUCACUACAGGGAUUUAAACUGAAAUGCUUUCUGGAUGCAUAUAAGGGAUAUCACCAAAUCUUGAUGAGCAAGGAAGACGAAGAGAAGACUGCCUUCUAUACGGAUCAUGGCACUUUUUGCUACACUAAGAUGCCUUUCAGAUUAAAGAACGCAGGGGCAACAUAUCAACGCCUAGUCGAUUCGAUAUUUGUCAAGCAGAUUGGAAGGAACAUCGAGGUGUACAUGGAUGAUAUGGUAAUUAAAAUCCCGGAUGAGGAAAGGAUGCUGCAAGACAUCGAGGAAACAUUCAGAUGCUAG